UAACCCGGAAGAAGUGAGGCCGUACAACAACGGAUAGCAAGUUUUAGCCGACAGCUACAAGUCAGGACCGUCUUUGAAUUGAUAAUUACUAAAAAAUACCAUUACUAAAAAAUAUUUAAAAAUUCGCUAUUUGGGCUACGACAAAAUAUUUAUAUACGGGUUUUUCAAUAAACACAUUUUUCUUCGACGUACUGCAAUCAGCAUACCGCGAAGUAGACAGCCGGUUGCUAGUAUCGCCAAGCUAAUAUAAACAAUAUGAGUUUAGCAUUUCACAGAGAGCCCAGGAAGACUGCGGGGAAUCGUAUGUCAAAAUUACUGGAUGCCGAAGAGGAGGAUGAGUUCUAUAAGACGACUUAUGGAGGCUUCAACGAUGAAUCUGGAGACGACGAGUACCACGGAGAACACUCGGACACGGAGGAUGAGGUGGACAGUGAUUUUGACAUUGACGAGGGCGAUGAGCCCGACAGUGACCAGGAGGAAGACGCGCCUCGGAGGAAAAGUCGAGUUGUCACUAAAGCAUAUAAGGAACCUGUCAAAGUUGCCAAGCCCAAGCCGAAGCCCAAAAGACCCUCAGUGGAGACAAAGAAGAUGGAGAAAACCAAAGUGGAGCUGAAACGGAGGAUUCCACAAGAAUUUCAAGACUUUGGCGAGACGCGGAAGUCCGUGCGACAGUCCACCAGUGAACACACCCGCAAGACCAAUCUGCGCCUGCAGGAGCGCCAGGACGCCCCUCGGCGCAGGAGGGGGGCCCACCGAGACCGACCUCUGACGCAAGAGGAGCUGCUGGCCGAGGCCAAGCUCACAGCUGAGCUCAACAUUCGAUCUCUGGAAAACUACGAGCGCCUGGAAGCAGACAAGAAGAAACAAGUGCACAAGAAGCGUCGCUUCGAGGGUCCCACCAUCCGUUACCAUUCCGUCCUCAUGCCCCUCGUCUCGCCAUCGCUUCCCAAAGAAGAGAACGUGGACGUGGAAGGUUUGGACCAGGAUGUCCCUCAGACCACUCCGGCCAAUCCGGCCACGCCUUCCCAGCAGCCCGCCGGCGGCGGCCUCUGCUCGCGCACUUACGUGACCUUCAGCGACAAUGAAGCUUUCGAGACCGCCUUCCCACGCGGCGCCCCGACGGGCCCAAAGGUACCCAUGCAGGAAGUCUGCCCCGUCACCCACAAGGCAGCGCUGUACCGCGACCCUGUCACCGACAUCCCCUACGCCAACUCGCGAGCCUUCCGCAUCAUCCGGGAGGCGUACCGUAAGUACGUGGCCGCUCACGGGUUCCCGAACAUGUCAGGAGGGAUGACGGGGCACGACUCUGCUUCGAGAGGAGCACGCCACAAGAUGGCGGUGAAGCAGAGCGCCGUUGCUACGUAGGCGCCGGUCGACACUAAUCGGACUGUUUGUCCAUAAAAACUCCAGACUGGAAUCUCCACCAUCUUUCUGUAGAUUGAUUUCGAGAAUUGCUAAUCCACAUUGAGUGGAUUAAAUAAUGACUUUGGACUUUUUUUUUUUUUACUUUGUUUG